AUGAUACGUCCUAUUAAGAUAAAUCAAUAUAAUACUGCCAAAGUUGAACAAACUCAAACACAUUCACUUGAAACAGAAGAAAAUACGCAUCGAAUUAUAAGUAAACUUGUCAAUAUUGUAUUGACUGUUUUUGCUAUUAUUCUUCUGCUUUUAUCAACAAUAAAAAAUCUUGUUCAAUCACGUGUUCAUGCUAUGACUUUGUUAAUUCUUGUCAUUGUUUGGAUAACAUUUCAUUAUUUACCUCCAAAUUAUUUCCAAACAUCAUUUUUAAAAAACGUUCCAAGUAUGUUCAAACGAGCAUCAUAA